AUGGGUCUGAGUGGAAGCGUUAGAGGGAGGUUGGCCAGGGAACGGUGUUCCAGAGGUGAUAAUUGCCAACCGCGAGGAUGUGCCGUGGUGGAAGGGGAGGCGGUGAUUGGAGGUGAGAAUGGAGGAGAGAUCCGUGGAUGGGUGUGGGUGGAAGCGUUAGAAGAGGUUGGCGAGAGAACGGAGUUACAGCGUUUCAAGAGACGUCGUUGGAAGGUUCGGAGACCAUCACCGCGCGACAAGACUCCACUCAGAGCGACUGCACGCGGGGUGGUGGCGGACGCGCCGCCGUGCCCGGCCACGCCCCUGGGGCUGCUGCGCUCGCAGUCGUCCAGCAGCAGUCUGUGCAGCGGGGCGUCGCUGUGCGCGCCCUCCGCCAAGGCGGCGCGCCCCCGCGCGCGACGCCACCGCCUGCAGCGGCUGGCGGCCGUCGAGGACGACGAGGACGCCCACGCCGCCGCCAACGGCGCCUCCGCCGCCCACGACGAGGAGGAGGAGGAGGACGACGCCGAGGACGAGGAGGACGUGGUGGAGGCCGCGGAGCUCCCCAAGACGGCGGUGGUCGGGGGGUUCAGGGCGAGGUUUCCGCGGCCGGCGUUCCGCCUGCCCAGAAGUUCGUCCGGAUGGAGUGGUGCGGAAGGGAACGGGGCGAUGGUGAUACUGGCGGCUCGACGGCCUUGUAGCGAGGUGUUGGAUGAUCACCUCCGAGGAGGCAAAUGAUACGGUUGGGACAUAUCACCAGAUCAUCUCAUAUUUUUGUACUUGGCGAGUGUUGGUGUGUGUUGGCUUGCAUAUGGGCGCUAGCGAGAAACUAGCUGUGUGUACCUUGAUGCAAAACUAUAGACCAAGAAAUAAAUUGCUAUUUGUUUCAUUUUGUCUGUUCAUUUUUUACUCAUUCUUAUUCUUCU